CAUGCCCGGCAGGAUCGGCCCCAAGAUGGACGGGCGAGGCGGCCGCGUCCGCCUUAAGGCGCAUUUCGGCGGGGACAUCCUGAUCACCAGCGUGGAUGCCACCAUGACCUUCCACGAGCUCUGCGAAGAAGUGCGGGACAUGUGCGGCCUGCACCCACAGCACCCACUCACCCUCAAGUGGGUGGAUAGUGAAGGGGACCCGUGUACCGUGUCCUCCCAGAUGGAGCUGGAGGAGGCCUUCCGCCUGGCCUGUCAGCACAAGGAUGAAGAGCUGAUUCUCCACGUUUUCCCGAGCAUCCCCGAGCAGCCCGGCAUGCCUUGUCCCGGAGAAGACAAGUCCAUCUACCGCCGCGGGGCCAGAAGAUGGAGGAAGCUGUACCGUGCCAACGGCCACCUCUUCCAAGCCAAGCGCUUUAACAGGCGGGCAUACUGCGGCCAGUGCAGCGAAAGGAUAUGGGGCCUCGCACGGCAGGGCUACAGGUGCAUCAACUGCAAGCUGCUGGUCCAUAAACGCUGCCACGUGCUCGUCCCGCUGACCUGUAGAAGGCAUAUGGAUUCUGUCAUGCCUUCCCAAGAGCCUCCAGUAGAUGAGAAGAGUGACGGCGUGGACCUUCCCUCCGAGGACACGGAUGGAAUUGCUUACAUCUCUUCAACGAGGAAACAUGACGGCAUUAAAGAUGAUUCUGAGGACCUAAAACCGGUUAUUGACGGGGUCGACGGGAUCAAAAUCUCCCAGGGGCUCGGGCUGCAGGAUUUCGACCUCAUCAGAGUCAUCGGGCGCGGGAGCUACGCCAAGGUCCUCCUGGUGCGGCUGAAGAAGAACGACCAGGUCUAUGCCAUGAAAGUGGUGAAGAAGGAGCUGGUGCACGAUGACGAGGACAUCGACUGGGUGCAGACGGAGAAGCACGUGUUUGAGCAGGCAUCCAGCAACCCUUUCCUGGUCGGCUUGCACUCCUGCUUCCAGACGACGAGCCGGCUAUUCCUGGUCAUUGAGUACGUCAACGGCGGGGACCUCAUGUUCCACAUGCAGAGGCAGAGGAAGCUUCCGGAGGAGCACGCCAGGUUCUACGCUGCCGAGAUCUGCAUCGCACUCAACUUCCUGCACGAGAGAGGCAUCAUCUACCGGGACCUGAAGCUGGACAACGUGCUACUGGACGCCGAUGGGCACAUCAAGCUGACCGACUACGGCAUGUGCAAGGAAGGCCUGGGGCCUGGUGACACAACAAGCACUUUCUGUGGAACCCCAAACUACAUCGCCCCUGAAAUCCUGCGAGGAGAGGAGUAUGGGUUCAGCGUGGACUGGUGGGCACUGGGCGUGCUCAUGUUCGAGAUGAUGGCCGGGCGCUCACCCUUCGACAUCAUCACCGACAACCCUGAUAUGAACACGGAGGACUACCUGUUCCAAGUGAUCCUGGAAAAGCCCAUCCGCAUCCCUCGCUUCCUGUCGGUGAAAGCCUCACAUGUCCUGAAAGGAUUUCUGAACAAGGACCCCAAAGAACGGCUUGGCUGCCGGCCCCAGACCGGCUUCUCUGACAUCAAGUCGCAUGCCUUCUUCCGCAGCAUAGACUGGGACCUGCUGGAGAAGAAGCAGGCCCUGCCUCCCUUCCAGCCGCAGAUCACAGAUGACUACGGCCUGGACAACUUCGACACGCAGUUCACCAGCGAGCCCGUGCAGCUGACCCCAGAUGAUGAGGAUGUCAUAAAGAGGAUUGACCAGUCAGAGUUCGAGGGCUUCGAGUACAUCAACCCGCUUCUGCUGUCCACCGAGGAGUCCGUGUGAGGUCGCGUGCGUCUCUGUCCUGGACACACCCGUGAAUGACCCUGUAACUUUAUCCUUAACCACAGCAUAUGCAUGCGAGGCCGGGCACGAGG